AUGAUACGUCGUCUUCCGGAAGAUGUUAUCAACCGUAUCGCUGCCGGAGAAGUGAUUGUACGAGCAGCAAAUGCCAUUAAAGAGUUGAUCGAAAACGCAUUAGACGCGGGAGCUACAGAAAUCGUCAUUACAGCUAAAAAUGGUGGUCUCGAUUUGCUGAAAGUACAGGAUAAUGGUAAAGGAAUUUCCAAAGAUGAUUUACCAGUUGUCUGUGAACGAUUUACUACAUCGAAGUUGGAGAGAUACGAAGAUUUGGAAUGUAUGAGCACAUUUGGAUUUAGGGGUGAAGCACUUGCAUCCAUAAGUCAUGUAGCUAAAAUGACAAUCAUCUCAAAAACUCGGGAUUCACCUUGUGCUUAUGUUGGUCGUUAUGCAGAUAGUCAGCUGCAAGGCAAUAUAAAACCAUCAGCUGGACUUAAUGGUACCACAGUAACUGCCGAAGAUCUGUUUUACAAUUGUCCAUCACGUCGUCGUGCACUUAAAUAUCCUGCUGACGAAAUGAAUCGUAUUGCUGAUGUUGUUGUACGAUAUGCUGUUCAUAACCCUUCCGUGUCAUUUACAUUACGACGUUGUGGUAGUGGAAGUGAUUUUCGAACAGCUGGUACGAAUGACCUUUGUGAAACAGUAUCUUCGUUAGUUGGUGGAAAGUUUUUCAAGGAUCUCAUCUUGUUAAGUUAUAGUAAUUCAGCGUUACAUUUCACUUUAAAUGGCUGUUUGGUGCGACCCACCGCUUCAUGCACUGCUGAGAGUCUUCAAAAUCGACAGAAUCGUCAGAAAGUUUUUUAUUUAUUCAUCAAUGGUCGUAGUGUCGAAUGUCAGGCGCUUAAACAAGCACUGGAUGUUGUUUUUGCUGCGCAAAAUACUAUAUCACCAUUUGUCAUGAUUUCUUUGCAGAUUGAACCGAGACGUGUCGAUGUUAAUGUGCAUCCGACUAAAUCUAUUGUUUAUUUUCUGGAACAAGAUAACAUCAUCAGCUCCAUUCAAGAAUAUGUGGAAAACUUGAUUAUAAGUUCGGCUGGCAGUUGUGAUGUAUAUCCGAAAUUUCCAUUAAUGGUCGAUAAUGCUGAAAGCAGCAGUUCGUCAAAAUCAAUUGAUACAAUGAAUACAAGUAUGAACAAAAAAAAACUGACGAUGCUUGUGUCAGAAUCGCUUGGUGGACCUCCACCAUCUUUUUUCAAGUCACCAAAAGUUUAUCCUCAUCAGCUGGUACGAACUGAUGCGAAAGAGAGACGGUUAGAAGAAUUUGUCACUAGUCAGUCACAAAUUGUAUCAUCCUCACAUGCAACAAAUGAUAUCAUUUCGAACAUAAAGUCAUCAGAUGGUGGUCAUUGGCGUAAAUUCGAAUUUGAAUCAUUGGAAAAUAUGAAGAAUGCACUUUGCACAACAGCUUCUGUCGGUUUACGUUCAUUGUUCAAAGAACACAUAUAUGUUGGAGCCGUGAGUGUCGAUCAGGUUCUUAUACAACAUUCAACAUCAAUUUACUUAGUAGAUGCUCAAGAUUGUUUGCGGAAUUUCUUUUAUCAGAUUCUCGUUCUUUCGUUCGGUAAUUUUGGGUCAUAUAAAUUAAGCGAAUGCGCACCGUUAACUGAACUAUUAUGUAUUGCUGACAGUAACUUAUCUCCUACAGAAACUCAACAAAAAGCAGCUAUAGUAAUUGAAAAUCGUGAAAUGUUGGAUGAUUAUUUCUGUUUAUCCAUUACUGAGAACGGAAAUCUUAAUUCAAUUCCAUCUUUAAUUGAUGGAUUUGUUCCACAACUGGAAUCUCUUCCUCGGUUGAUAUUAACUUUGGCAAACGAUAUUAUGUGGGACAAUGAGCAAACUUGUUUCGAACAAGUUUGCUGGGCCUUAUCGGAGUUCUUCUGUCUUAAAAAGGAAUUCUGCGGUGGCGAGGCGAUUUCAGGUUUAUGUAAUGAAAAGUUGUCUUGGAAGAAUGUCUACCAGGAUAUUCUAUUUCCUGCAUUAAAAAUCAAUUUUUUACCGCCACAGAAGUUAAUGUCCUCACUACGUCGAAUUGCCGAUUUGCAUGAUUUGUACAAAGUUUUUGAAAGAUGCUAA